GUGUUAUAAACUGAUUUUAAAAAAUGUAUAAGUAGAUAACAGUUUUUUGCAUUUGUUUUUUUGCUCAGUGUUAUUUUAAGCGAGUACAACAGUGAGACUUCCAUGAGCCCACGACUCCAAGAAGUUUGGAACAAAGUUCUUGCAUGGCCGCAUGGCCCCAUCACUUCUGUGUUUUGUAAAGUUGAGUUUCAGUUGUCGCACUGACAUUAACAAACAAUUGUAAUAGACGUCGUUAAAAGUCAGCUUGAUAGCUGUUAUAACAAUAUUUAAACGAAAUGUGAUCUUAAAGUUGGCGAAAUUGUAGUGGCUACAAAAGCCACAUCAGAUGUUCGACAUUUGGCUCAAUUGGUAAUAAUGAAUUGAUAAGUUGCAAUUAAAUUAAGAUGAAUCCGUGUACUGGCAUUUCACCAUAUGAGUUUUAAAAAAGCGCACCAAGCAACCUGCAUACAGGAAAUGAUGUGGCAGACCAUAUUAUCUCCUCAGUACUGUACAGAGCCUAUAGAGCUUCGCAAGUUGAAGGAACAGUUAGCUAAUGUGAACUGUCAAUGCAGAAGUUGUAAUUACAUUUCCUGUAGACCGUUGUGCGAAAAGCUGAAACACACCAAGGAUAUCGAAGUGCAAGCUGACCGAUAUCCAAUUGACGCACAAUCGCACAUUCCAGAGAAUAACUUCAACAAUACUGUUUGCCCUUCUUGCUGCAUGACUUUUAAUAUGCUACGUGGCGGCACUGUCAAAGUUCUUAAAGACGAAGAAUCGGAAACGUUGGCAUCAAUGUUCAGCUCUGAUAAAUCAACAGAGAAAGAAACCUGCUUACAAGAGAAAACUACGUCAGUAGAAAGUAAACCAUUUUCAGAAGAUUUCAACUUGACUUGUGAUCAAUGCGACAACACGAGCGACAUCAAUAUACACAAUGUCGGGUCAUUGAGCAACCAUCGCAAACGACACUCUGAAAGAGUUACUUUCCAGGACUCAGAGUAUCAGGGCCACAUUGAAAUAACAACGAAAACACCUAGUGUCAAUUGUUUGUGUUUACAAGAUUUCAUUGAUUCAAUACGACCACCUUUAGAUUUUAUGUCUAGAUAUGGAUAGGUACUGCGAUGUUUGACAUAUUCAUUCAUUCAGUACCAUGAAAUGGUUAAUGCCAAUACACUGACUCAUUGAGGCUUUCCCAAGUAAACAUUCUCAUAAGGGAUAGGUACAUACAUAGACGUCAGCUUACAAUCAAAUAUUUUUUGCAUUUUCUACACCUGAAAUAAAAUAUUUAACGAAA